UUGGUUUAAACCUAAGUGUGAUGAUUACAGACGCUAGAGUAAAAUAAUCCGUUUGAUACAAAUACUCGUGGAACAGUAGGCACGCACGAAAACUGCGCAAUGAGAUUAUUUUUAUAUCAGCGGUUUAACAGCCUCAUUGACUCAGACAAAUUUAUUUCAAGAUAGAUUAUUUUAAGCUGGCCUCGCGUUAAACCGAUUACACACUCUAUAAACACUCCGUUGGAACAAAAUUUGUGCCAGUGUUAUGUAUCCCAUGUUCCGUUUUAGCUAUCGAUACCGGAAAAGGCGACCUCAUUCUUCCGGCCACUCUUUGAAUAAUUAAACGCGCCUAAAACAAAGUCAAGAUGCAGAGCGAACAAACACUAUGGCGGGAGCUUAUGUAAAAAGGUUAACUUGCCGUCUGUGUACUUUACAUUUAAUUGUGAAAAAGAAACGCCGUCUUAUUGUAAUCAAUCGGCACUUCUAUAAGCUUGCUUCGUGAAAGGGAAAAAUAACUCACAACGUUUGAGAACUGCGUGUGAAAAACGAUUGGAAUCUGCUCUGUCUGACGUGAUUUUUGUUUCGCGCUCUCCGUGCCGCAAAAAGUCGAACAACUCGUUAAGAUCCAUUUUGAUACUAGAUGAAACCUUAAGAGUGGGUGGAUAUUGUACCGCUCAUUUCAUCCCUGUCGCUGAUUUUGGGAAGAUACGAGUUGAAGUGUCUUGAGGCUCUGUUGAGGUCACCUCGUUUGAUCAAUUGAGUUGUAAUUAGCUACUUUACCUCCGCCCACCCUCUGCGAUCAACAAACAAUCAUUGUCAAGCGAUAAACACUUUAAGCGGAAAUUUAGCUAUUAGAGGUAUUAACCGGGUUACAUUUUUCAGCCAAAAUGCCCGGUCGUUGAUGUGUCAAUUCUUUCUUGGGACAUGGCAGGGCGAAAAAAUGACGGGAAUUUUUGAAAAUCAAACUGUACUGUUAAAUUGUUUCCAUUUGGAAGGCAGUAUGACCAGUCAACGACACAUGUCCUUCCACUUUUCCAUACGUCACCAUUAACCGAUUGAUGUCAUUUUGGGCGACCAAUCAGGACUGUUGUUGUUCAUUAGCGAUGACAGGUGAAAUGAAAUUGGCUAGCCGUGAACUUCAAUAAUAUAAAAGCAAAGGACCAACCGACCACUAGCUGCAUCACGUGUGAAAUUGUAUUUACGUUUUCAUCAUUUUUUUUUUGUUUAGUAUACAGAACAGUGGGCCUCAUAAGAGAAACUCGUAUAAGUAUGGAGAGGAACGAAUCCAUCGUUUUUGUCUUGUUAAUGUUGGUCCUCUUCCAAGACAGGACCACUGCCAGUUGGAUGUGGAUGGGAAUUUCGGCGCUGGGCACCCGAAGCAGUGGAAAUCUGACGACUUGUUAUGGAGUUCCUGGCUUGUCCUCUCAGCAGAUGACUGUCUGUCAGUCCAAACCGGACCUCAUUCCAACCCUCAGACGUGGAGCAAAGCUUGGAAUUGGUGAGUGUCAAAACCAGUUUGCCAAAGAACGAUGGAAUUGCUCCACCACAAAUUCCUCGUCAGUAUUCGGUGGAAUUAUUAACAUAGGUGAGUACAAAUAUCUUCAGUGUAACUUUUCUCACUGUGCGUCAGUGACGUUGCUACAAGUUUCCCUCUUUUCCGUGACAGGAAGUCGUGAGGCUGCGUUCAUUUACGCGAUAACUUCUGCUGGUGUGGUACACGCGGCCAGCAGGUCAUGCAGUCUUGGCAACCUCAGUGAAUGUGCUUGUGAAACUCGCAGGAAAAGAAAGCAGCCCUCCAGAGGAUGGGAGUGGGGAGGCUGUAAUGAUGACGUGAAGUUUGGUGUCUGGUUGUCAGAGACGUUUGUAGAUGCACCUGAACGGAACGAGCGAGGUGUCACGAGCUCUGAUAAGAAGGCACGUUUACGGAAGAAGGCAAGACAUGCAAUGAACCUUCAUAACAAUCAUGUUGGUAGACUGGCCGUUCAAACCCUUGUAAGUGAUCGCUGUCGUUGCCAUGGAGUCUCUGGCUCUUGCACCAUGCAAACAUGCUGGAAAACUGUGCCGAACUUCGAAAAAGUCGGAGAAUUUUUAAAAGCUAGGUACGCGAAUGCGGUACAAGUAGUUUACAACAGACGAAAGCGACGCAUAAGGCGAAAGGAGCAGAAACGACUAAAGAUUACCAGAGAUACGUUGGUGUACAUCGACCGGUCACCAAACUAUUGUAAUCCUAAUCCGACUCUGGGCAUCUUAGGCACGUCUGGCCGGGUGUGUAACAAGACGUCUUCAGGAGGAGACCGAUGUGAUAUGCUGUGCUGCGGGGGAGGGUACAACACUCAGGAGGUACGAGAAGUCAAACGGUGCAACUGCAAGUUUGUAUGGUGUUGUGUUGUGACCUGUGAAAAGUGCCCUCUGAUUUAUGACCGGCACACCUGCAAGUAACCGUCAAGAUUCCCCUCUUUUAGCAGCAAUUUUCUUCCCCGUGGAGAUCAACUUUAUAGUUUAAUAAGUUAUUUAUUAAUUAAAAACAAUCAGGAAGUGAUAUGAAUUAACAUGGUGGCUAAAAGCCCGCGUUCGUCUUUACUCUUGGAACUUUCCUACUUCCACUUUAGCACAAAAGAAAGGGAAUGUAAAUGAAUAACAACAAAGUUAUGCUUUGAGUUGAAACUCUACUCAGCAACUACGUAUCUCGUAAACUAGCUGUGCAUCAGCAAUUUAUCAGUAAUUUAUUAGACUCUGUAAACUGCAAAUAAUGUCUAGUUUAAUGCAGUAAGAAAGAAGUGAACUAAUGAGGUGGAAUAAAAAUGAUACUACGGUUCUCAUUUUUUUAAAUAGUCUGACUGACCGACUGACUGACCUACUGGUUGACCGACUGACUAACCGACCGACCAAACGACCGUCUGACAAACAGACAGGCAGAGAAAGACAGACUUAUAC